UCUUGUGGUUGUGUUGCUCACCACUCACCAAGGUCACCACCACCUGCCCAGCCAUGGCUUCACCACCAUGGGUUUGCCUUGUGCUGAUACUCCUAGGAGUUGCCGCAUGCCACGCCCGCCCAAUUUUUGACGGCGAUGCCGUCAUCGAUGAGACGCCCCCGCCCUUGCGGCCAUCCGCGAUCUCAUGUUCUACUGCCGGCAACUACACCGAUGGAAGCAAGUACCAUGUGAACCUCUACCGGCUCCUGUCGGCCAUCCCUGUGGCCGCUGACCCCAACGGCUUCUUCAAUGGCACAUUCGGCGCGGCGGGCGACGAGGUCUUUGGCAUGUUCAUGUGCUACGCUGACGACACCGACUCUGAGUGCCAGGACUGCCUCACCCGCGCCCCCAAAGGUAUCAUGAAGGUGUGUCCUCACAGCCGGACAGUUCGUGCUGUCUACAACGCCUGCACCAUCCAAUACUCCGACGAGUCCUUCUCUGUUGCUGACCUCUCUGUGGUUGACAUGGUUAACUUUUCCGUGGUUCCCCGUCUGGAACAAACCCCUUACCGAAAUUGGAACAACAGAUACCCUGACCAAUUUUACAAAGGAGUCGUACUCGCAGGAUAUAUCAUGGACAGUGCCGGUAUGAGCCAGACAAGGUUUAAGUUGAUCCAUCGGCUCAUGGUGAAGGCUUGCCAAAGGCCUGCACGGAUCGCCGAGGGCACAGAGGGGUUCCCUGAUGCGGAGUGGGUGCAGGCAGUGGUGCAGUGCACGAGGGAUCUGCCGGUGAGCGAGUGCACCCGCUGCCUCUCCUACUACACCGAUCAGCUGCCGCGAUUGUUCCCGAACAACAGCGGUGGCGCCAUCAAAGGGUCGAGUUGCUACCUGCGCUAUGUCAUCCUCACUGAUGCUGUCAAGCCGCGUCCGCGCACGGUGCGGCUGGAGAGGUACCGGUAUAGCGAGGGAUAUGAGGAGGAGGAAAAUGAGCAUGAGAGGAGGAUGGAGACAAAGCGCAGAGAACACCGACGGAAGGUUGUCAUCAUCACCAGCCUUAUUACCAUCUCCGUGGCGCUUGUUGUCUGCCUGAUCGGCCUGUUGGUUCGGUUCGUGUUGUACCGGUGGCGAACAUGGGUGGCAGCGGCCAGGGUUGCCAUGAGAUCCAUGUUGUACCGGUGGCGAACAUGGGUGGCAGCGGCCAGGGUUGCCAUGAGAUCCAUGUUGUACCGGUGGCGAACAUGGGUGGCAGCGGCCAGGGUUGCAAUGCGAUCGUACAUGGAAAGACCUUCUAAAGUGGCGGCCUACUUCCACGGUAGAAGUGCAUGCCAAGACGAACUAGAGCAAGGGACUGGGAUGAGACGAUUCAGGUAUGAUGAGCUCGCCGCCGCUACCGACGGCUUCUCUGGCAGGAACAAGCUGGGAGAAGGAGGCUUUGGUUCAGUGUACCGUGGAUUCCUCCGCGACAUGAACCUUCACAUUGCCGUGAAGAAAGUGUCCAAGAGCUCUCGUCAGGGCUGGAAGGAGUUUGUUUCUGAGGUGAAGAUCAUUAGCCGUCUCCGGCAUCGGAACCUCGUGCGGCUUGUUGGAUGGUUCUAUGGCGGUGACGAUGAUGGUCUUUUGCUUGUGUAUGAAUUGAUGCCCAAUGGUAGCCUGGACGCACACCUUUACAAGCUGGACCAGCUGCUGCCAUGGGCAGUCAGGUACCAGGUCGCGCUCGGUGUGGGCUCAGCGCUGAUGUACCUGCACCAGGACACGGAGGAGCGUGUUGUGCAUCGGGACAUCAAGCCGAGCAACAUCAUGCUCGACGCGUCCUUCAAUGCCAAGCUUGGUGACUUCGGGCUUGCGAGGUUUAUUUGCGACGGCCGGGGUUCACUGACGACGGGUGCAGCCGGGACGCUGGGUUACAUGGAUCCGAAGUGUGUGUUUGCGGGCAAAGCCAGUGUGGAAUCUGACAUCUACAGCUUUGGUGUCGUCCUGCUCGAGAUGGCCUGCGGUCGGACGCCAGCGGUGGCUGUAGACGACGAUGACGGAGCCGUCAUCCACCUGUUGCAGUGGGUAUGGGAGUCGCACGGUAGAGGGGCCAUCCUCGAGGCAGCUGACGCGCGGCUGGAUGGCAAGUUUGAUGAGAAAGAGAUGGAGUGUGUCAUGGUGGUCGGGCUCUGGUGCGGACACCCCGACCCUGGCUUGAGGCCGUCAAUCAGGCAGGCCGUCAGCGUGCUGCGGUUGGAGGUGCCGCCGCCGAGCCUCCCAGGAAAGAUGCCGGUGACGACCUACCUGAUGCAGCCGCCGGCUGAUGAUUCUUUUGGUUCGUCGGUAACCAGCGGCAGCGGGGAUGCCAGCACGACUAAUUCUGCUAGAGAUAAAGUCGAGUAGAUGACUAGUGCAUCCCCGAUCUGGGCCUUAGGACCAUUUCAGAAAUUUGCGAGUACUACUAGUCUUUAUCUUUACUCUUUAUCUUUACCUUUCUCCCUAAUAAUAAAGCAUAAUACAUAUUCAGAAACUACAUCCUCACAUGAAUCUAAUGGUAUAUUAUCUAUUACAUAUAAUACAUAUUUAAGUAGUUAAAUUAACGAUCUAGAAUUACGCGCAUGCCCUAUACACCUAGACGGAGGGAGUACUAAUGUGUGAUCAGCAAAUUGAAAGGGCGCAAUGCAUGAGUAGUACUAGUACUAAUUAAUAGGAGUAAUU